AUUCGAUCGAAUCAAUUCAAUAUUCCCUAAACUAAAUCAUAGAGCGCUCAACCUUUCCGCCCCUCUACGCACACGAGUCACGACACCGCCGCUCCUCCACGGCUCCACAUUCCGCGCCAGCGGCGGAACUACAAUAGAGGUUGGGGGCCUGUGAGCCCACUUCUGCAGCCCGCCACUCAAGCCUAUUUUCAGGUUUAAACUUUUAUUAAGAACGGCCCAUUCGCCCAAAUGCCCCCGAUCGACAGAUUCAUCCCCUUCUGCGCAGAACUCCAGCAAUUCAGCAACACAGCAAGCCAGGUUAGCCAGCAACGCCAUUGCGUCAACUAAGAGUGAGGAGGAGUGACGCUGCCCUGCCCACCUGGCUGUCUUGCGGCCUUGCCGGAGGCUUGGUCACCCGGCGACCUUCACUUUUCUAUUUUGUAUCUCGGAGUUGGUUCUGCCACUGGCUCCGCCUUUCCGCUCCUCCACGCUCCGCCUUUCCGCUCCUUCACGCUCCGCCUUUCUGCUCGGCCUCUCCUUCAUUACUGCUCGACGGUCCACAUCAACUCAGUCGGUGUUCCAACUCUUUUCUCCUUUGAAGGCUUUUCCAUCCUGUUCAGGUGUGCGGUUGAAACAUGAUAUUGAAUAACUCCAUUCAUAAAUCCCACUAUGACGUCUUGGGUGUUAGGGAGGAUGCAAACUAUGAUCAUAUUCGAACAGUUUAUCGAUCUGCCAUCCUCAGCUUCCAUCCAGACAAACUACAUGACAAUAACUACACAUCAAAUGCAUUCUCCUCUUCCAAGCAUGACAAGACUAAGGAAACAUUCUUAGAGAUACAAAAGGCAUGGGAAGUCCUCAGCGACCACAGAUCACGCGCCGUUUAUGAUCACGAAUUGCGUUCUCUGAGACAAGAUGCAUCAACCGCUGAAGAUUUGGGGUUUGAUGAUCUCCAAAUGGAAGUGUGUGGUGGUGAUGAUGAUGUUAUAGAGCUCUCUUACCCUUGUAGAUGUGGUGACUUUUAUGUGAUUGAUUCUUUGGAUUUGGCAAAUAUGGGAUAUCCAUUGGUGAAGAAGGAUGGAAGGGAAAUCUUCACAGUAGAAGCAUCCAAAGAUUUACCAGUAUCAGUUGUUUUGCCCUGUGGGUCUUGCUCUCUCAAGGUCCGUUUGCUGAUAAGUCCAGAUUCCAAACUGGCUUCUACUUCUGGGCCAUGAUGGUGUUUUAGUCGAUAGGAAAGUUACAUUGUAAUCUUUUAGUAUGAAUUUGAUAACCUUACUUUUGUUCUUCACAGGUGCAGUACAUUACUCUUGUUUAUUACAUUUACAAAAAUUGAG